UUUGCAAUUACGGACGAAAUAGAAUAUUUGAAUUCAGAACGAAUGAAAUCGCUGAACCAUCAAAUAAGUAAAUCAAAAGACAACUGAUCUGAAUCAGAAAAAAACGCCAUUGUCAAUAUAAAAGUUCAUCGUUUUACUUGAAUAAACAAAAUAAUGCUGGAAUGUAAACUGAAUCGAUCUACAGUUACUACAGCGACCGAAUCCAGUUCAUCACAAACAAAAACGGCGAUAGUAUACAGUCAGUUUAUUUUUACAUGUGUGAUGCACCAAAGAAAGUUAUACUACUUAAACUGAAAAUGAGUAGAAGCGAGUUGAAAAUCUCUAGAUGGUUGGACGCCCAUCUGGAUACAAGUGCAGGCUUGAACACCCUUCCAAGAAGCGCCAUCCUGUCCAAUGUUGUUGGUGACGGUGAAAAUCGACUGGUGAUCACGGAUUUGAGACUGAAGAAAGACACCAAAUGCAGACUGAAGGUUUACAAAGGCACUGUUGUGACUACGGAUAAUGUGCUACCUGAUGUACCUAGUAGUAUAAUAAGUUUUUACCACGAUAGGUUGAAUCCUAGAACACCAGUUGUUGGAGUGGGGUGUGUAAAUGAACUACUUAUGUUCAAGAACAAUAAACCUUUCUUUAAAUACUCACUGCCCGGUUUACCCGUCUUACCCGAAGAAUAUGACACCUGGAAAAGUAUAGAUAAAAAUGCAGCUAUCGACAUACAAGGCAUUAUGGACAGACUUCAAACUAUACCAUUUCAACAGUUAAGUUCUAGAUCGCAAGUUCUGUUGAACCUUCCGCCAGAAAAACGAGAAGAACACAUUUUGAGUUACGUAAACAACGAACCCAUGAAGAUCAACCUCAUCACAUGCAUGACCACCCUUAAAAAAACUUCUCAAGAUCCAUUAUCGAUAGCGUGUCCAGUUAUAGCGACAGAAACUGGGAUAGUCUACAUCCUGGAUCCUCAAAAUUUCUCGAUGUUGGCACAGGCAAACGUCUGCAACACCAAGAACACACCGUUUAUAGCUACAGCCACAGGGCUUUAUGAUGUGGAUUAUAAAAUCAUCAUAGCUACUAGAGAGAAUCAAGUCUGCUUACUCAGGAGAGGUUGGCUGGAAGGAAAGAGUAUCAUUCAUAUAGAUAAAACCAUCAUGGAUAUGAUCUUCGUUCCUGGUGAUAAUGUUAUAGUUUUAGCCACCACAGACAAGAUGCUUCAUACGUACUCUAGGAAGGGGCAGAAAUUGUGGUCGAUAGAGAUGAACGUUCCAAUAACAUGUUUAUGCUUAGUAGCACUGAAAUAUUUGAAUGCUCAUUUGGUUGCCGUUGGUCAAAAAGGUGGGCUGAUCCAGUUGUACCAAGGAAGAAGACUCGUUGAUUUCAUCGUUGUGCCUGAUUCCCCAUCUUGCAUGACUUUCGGCCAAAUGGGACAGGAGGAACAUGUCAUGGUCAUUGUAACAUUUGACGGUGCAAUAGUCUUCAAGAUACUAAAAAGAACAGCUGACUUUAACCUGUCCCAUCAAGAUGCCAGCAUGCCUAUCUUGAACCAGAACAAAUCUCUUCCUCUUCCUAAGAGAAGCAAACUCUUCUUGGAACAGAGUAUGCGUGAAAGAGAGGACCCCAUAUCAAUGCACAGAAACUUUCAACAAGACUUGAUAAGGUUGCGACUAACAGCUGCGAGAGAAAUGGCGCAAAAUUUAAAUUAUCAAAUAGGCAGCAGUAAUGAAAAGAAGCAAAUCAAACUCUCUGCCCAAGUAUUAGGGUUAGGUCCGAAAUUUACCGUCAUCCUCAGCUUGGAAAAUAUAAGUACAGAAUCACCUGUUGUAGAUAAAACUGUUGUUUUUCAUGUCAGGCCCGAUAAAUACCAAUUGUCAUCGUAUAUCUUCAAAAUCCCGUUGAUCCCUCCAAACUUGUCUUACAAACUGAAAACAACGGUACAAGAGGUUCUAUCGGACGUACCAGAAGAUACAAAUAUGAUUUUGUGCGAUCCAAAACAGAGGAUUUUGAGAAUUUUCGUAAUGAAAGGGGAGGAAAAUGUUCCAGUAAUUGCUGCCACCAUCAAUAUGCCACCAACCGAUUUAGCUUACUAACUCGAUGGACAGUGCAUAAAAAAGGUUGGAAUGAAUAAAAAUAUAUCAAGAA